CAUAGACAACAACCCCAAAAAACAAGUUCCUGAAUUUUUCAUCUGCUUUAUUUGUCCUCUUUAAUUAAUUACCAAAAAUGGCUUCCAAUUCUGUCUUGAAGAGGUCAGAUACCAUUGCUGAUAGCAUGCCUGAUGCAUUGAAGCAGAGCCGUUAUCACAUGAAGAGAUGCUUUGCCAGGUUUGUUUCAAAGGGGAAAAGGUUGAUGAAAGGCCACAACAUAAUGGAAGAGGUGGAAAAAUCAAUCGAAGACAAAGUUGAAAGAAGCAAAGUUCUUGAAGGAAUGCUUGGCUACAUCCUAAUUUCCACUCGAGAGGCAGCUGUGGUGCCACCAUAUGUUGGACUGGCCAUAAGACCAAAUCCUGGUUACUGGGAAUAUGUGCAAGUUAACUCUGAUGAUCUCACAGUUGAGGGAAUUUCGGCUUUGGAUUUCUUGAAGUUCAAAGAGAUGAUCUUUGAUGAGAAUUGGGCAAAUGAUGAAAACGCUCUGGAAAUAGAUUUUGGAGAAAUUGACUUCUUAACCCCUCGCACGGCUCUUCCUUCUUCCAUAGGCAAUGGACUCACUUUCAUCUCAAAGUUUAUGUCUUCAAAGCUCACAAGCAACUCAGGAAAUGCAAGGCAGUUGCUUGAAUAUUUACAAGCUCUUUACCACCGAGGAGAGAGGCUUAUGAUCAACGAGACAGUGGACACGGUCGAAGCUCUUCAGGGUGCAUUGAUUGUGGCAGAAGCCUAUGUCUCCACACAACCAAAAGACACCCCAUUCCACGGUUUUGAGCAGAGGUUGAAAGAGUGGGGAUUUGAGAAAGGGUGGGGAGAUACAGCAGAGAGAGUUAGAGAGACAAUGAGGACAAUGUCUGAGGUUCUUCAAGCACCAGAUCCAAAGAAGUUUGAGUUGAUCUUCAGCUGGCUGCCAACCAUAUUCAACAUUGUCAUCUUCUCUCCUCAUGGCUACUUUGGCCAGGCUGGCGUCCUUGGAUUGCCCGAUACUGGAGGCCAGGUGGUUUAUAUUCUUGAUCAAGUGACAGCAUUGGAAGAAGAGUUGCUGCAAAGAAUUAAGCAGCAAGGACUCGGAUUUAAGCCUAAGAUUCUUGUGGUGACAAGACUCAUCCCAGAUGCUAAAGGAACAAAGUGCAAUCAAGAGAUGGAGCCUAUCUUCAACACUAAGCACAGUCACAUCCUUAGAGUUCCAUUUAGGACAGAGAAGGGAGUUCUCCGCCAAUGGGUUUCUCGAUUCGAUGUCUAUCCUUACCUCGAGCGAUUUUCUCAGGAUGCAACUGCAAAAAUUCUUGAGCACAUGGACUGCAAACCAGACCUCAUAAUAGGGAACUACACAGAUGGAAAUCUGGUGGCAUCUUUAAUGGCUAGCAAACUAGGAAUUACUCAGGGAACUAUUGCUCAUGCAUUGGAGAAAACCAAGUAUGAAGAUUCAGAUGCCAAAUGGAAGGAAUUCGAUCCAAAGUACCAUUUUUCGUGUCAGUUCACAGCCGACUUGAUCUCGAUGAAUGCUACGGAUUUCAUCAUCACAAGCACAUACCAAGAAAUUGCAGGAAGCAAGGAUCGACCGGGACAGUACGAAAGCCAUACGGCAUUCACCAUGCCGGGACUUUGCCGAGUAGUCUCUGGCAUCAAUGUCUUCGAACCGAAAUUCAACAUUGCUGCUCCGGGUGCUGAUCAAACUGUCUACUUCCCCUACACAGAGACGCAGCGGCGGUUUACCACUUUUAAACCUGCCAUUGAAGAAUUGCUCUACAACAAAGAGGACAACAAUGAGCACUUAGGAUUUUUGGCAGACAAGAGGAAACCAAUAAUAUUCUCAAUGGCAAGACUAGAUACUGUCAAGAACAUUACAGGCUUAACUGAGUGGUAUGGAAAGAACAAGCGGUUGCGAGACUUGGUGAAUCUUGUGGUUGUAGCGGGGUUCUUUGAUCCGUCAAAGUCGAAGGACCGAGAAGAAAUUGCAGAGAUUAAGAAGAUGCACGCCUUAAUAGAGGAGUACAAACUCAAGGGCCAGAUUAGAUGGAUUGCAGCACAAACCGAUAGGUACCGAAAUUCAGAGUUGUACCGCCACGUUGCGGAUACAAAGGGCGCCUUUGUGCAGCCUGCAUUGUAUGAGGCAUUUGGCUUAACCGUCAUCGAGGCAAUGAACUGUGGACUCCCCACCUUCGCAACGAACCAAGGAGGCCCCGCGGAGAUCAUCAUCGAUGGUGUCUCGGGCUUCCAUAUUGAUCCUAACAAUGGGACAGAAUCAAGCAACAAGAUUGCUGAUUUCUUCGGAAAGUGCAAGGUGGAUUCCGAGUAUUGGAACAGGGUGUCAAACGCUGGUCUUGAGCGGAUAAAUGAAUGCUAUACAUGGAAAAUCUACGCAAACAAGGUGUUGAACAUGGGAGCCACCUAUGGAUUUUGGAGGAAGAUGAGCAAGGAACAGAAGCUAGCCAAGCAAAGAUACAUUCAAAUGCUUUACAGUCUGCAAUUCAGGGAUUUGGUUAAGAAUAUCCCAAUUCCAUUUGAAGAACCCCUACCGAUGACAACACCGGAAAAACCUGCAUCGGCUGAGCCAUCGACACCGGAAAUCAAAUCUCUGCCAGAACCAAGGCGUGACCGGGCUGAAGAGGGUUCACCGGAGAAUCAGCUCAACAACCGGCAAGUUGGCGGUGCCGCCGGUGUGCGCAGCAUUUGGCACCGAUGGUGGUGCUUUGUAGUUGGUUUCGUAGUAGCGACUUAUUACAUGCUUGGGAAGCUGUUUAAGCGCAAUGAUUGAUUAUCAAAGGUGGUUUCCGAGUGUUAAUGAUUAAUUAUCAUAUGUACGUUCACACAAAAUAGUGAUUCUAGAUUUCAAAACUUUAUAAGAAACUACCAAAAGGUCAAACGUACAAAUAUUGUUUUACACCAAAUAUGU